GGAAGCGAGAGAAAGGAGUGGAGGGCCCGGAGACGCCGAGGUUCCAUAAUCGGGACUCGCAGCCCUGCCCCUCAAGAGCGCUCGCUCCCGCAGCAGCAGCGCCCUGCAGCUCGGCCCCGGCGGCGGCGCGCAGCCAGUGGAGUGGGUGGUGCAGGGCAGGGGCGGUAUAUCCAGUCUGACCGAGGGCGGGCCUCGCCAGUGCCAGCAGAGGGACAAGCCGGGGCGGAGGCGCCAAGAGCCGCCGCCGGGAGCCUCACCAGGACCACUCACUCUAUGGCCCUCGGGAGCCGCUGAGCGCAGCAGAGCCGCGCCCGCCCGCUCGCCCGCCGCCCGCCUGCCGCCCGCCGCCCCUCGCCUCCCCUCUCGGCUCUCGCAGGCCCGGCCCGCGCCUCCCGACGCCAUGAACCACUCGCCGCUCAAGACCGCCUUGGCGUACGAAUGCUUCCCGGACCAGGACAACUCCACGCUGGCUUUGCCGUCGGACCAGAAGAUGAAGACCGGCACGUCGGGCAGGCAGCGCGUGCAGGAGCAGGUGAUGAUGACCGUCAAGCGGCAGAAGUCCAAGUCUUCCCAGUCGUCCACCCUGAGCCACUCCAACCGAGGUUCCAUGUAUGAUGGCUUGGCCGACAAUUACAACAACUAUGGGACCACCAGCCGGAGCAGCUACUACUCCAAGUUCCAGGCGGGGAAUGGCUCAUGGGGAUAUCCGAUCUACAACGGGACCCUCAAGCGGGAGAAUGACAACAGGCGUUUCAGCUCCUACAGCCAGAUGGAGAACUGGGGCCGGCACUACCAGCGGGGCCCCUGUCCCACGACCGGCGCGGGCAGUGACAUCUGCUUCAUGCAGAAGAUCAAGGCGAGCCGCAGCGAGCCUGACCUCUACUGUGACCCCCGGGGCACCCUGCGCAAGGGCACGCUGAGCAACAGGGGCCAGAAGACCACCCAGAACCGCUACAGCUUCUACAGCACCUGCAGCGGCCAGAAGGCGGUCAAGAAGUGCCCUGUGCGCCCACCCUCCUGCACCUCCAAACAGGAACCCGUGUAUGUCCCGCCCAUGUCCUGCAACAAGGACCUGUCCUUUGGCCACUCAAGGGCCAGCUCCAAGAUCUGCAGCGAGGAUAUUGAGUGCAGUGGGCUGACCAUCCCCAAGGCUGUGCAGUACCUGAGCUCCCAGGAUGAGAAGUACCAGGCCAUCGGGGCCUAUUACAUCCAGCACACCUGUUUCCAGGAUGAAUCGGCCAAACAACAGGUCUAUCAGCUGGGAGGCAUCUGCAAGCUGGUGGACCUCCUCCGGAGCCCCAACCAGAACGUCCAGCAGGCUGCGGCCGGGGCCCUGCGUAACCUGGUGUUCCGAAGCGUCACCAACAAGCUGGAGACCCGGAGGCAGAAUGGGAUCCGAGAGGCUGUCAGCCUCCUGAGGAGAACUGGGAGCACUGAGAUCCAGAAACAACUGACCGGGCUGCUCUGGAACCUGUCCUCCACUGAUGAGCUGAAGGAGGAGCUCAUCGCCGAUGCCCUGCCCGUGCUGGCGGACCGGGUCAUCAUUCCCUUCUCCGGCUGGUGUGAUGGCAACAGCAACAUGAGCCGGGAAAUGGUGGACCCUGAAGUCUUCUUCAAUGCCACAGGCUGCUUGAGGAACCUGAGCUCUGCCGAUGCGGGCCGCCAGACCAUGCGAAACUACACGGGGCUCAUUGAUUCCCUCAUGGCCUAUGUCCAGAACUGCGUGGCCGCCAGCCGCUGUGAUGACAAGUCCGUGGAGAACUGCAUGUGUAUCCUGCACAACCUGUCCUACCGCCUGGACGCCGAGGUGCCCACCCGCUACCGCCAGCUGGAGUACAACGCGCGCAACGCCUAUACCGAGAAGUCCUCCACGGGCUGCUUCAGCAACAAGAGCGACAAGACAAUGAACAACAACUACGACUGCCCCCUCCCGGAGGAGGAGACCAGCCCCAAGGGCAGCAGCUGGCUGUACCAUUCAGAUGCCAUCCGCACCUACCUGAACCUCAUGGGCAAGAGCAAGAAAGAUGCCACCUUGGAGGCCUGCGCGGGGGCCCUGCAGAACCUGACCGCCAGCAAGGGGCUGAUGUCCAGUGGCAUGAGCCAGUUGAUUGGGCUCAAGGAAAAAGGCCUGCCCCAAAUCGCUCGCCUCCUGCAAUCUGGCAACUCUGAUGUGGUGAGGUCCGGAGCCUCCCUCCUGAGCAACAUGUCCCGCCACCCUGUGCUGCACCGCGCGAUGGGGAACCAAGUAUUCCCAGAGGUGACCAGGCUCCUCACCAGUCACACUGGGAACACCAGCAACUCAGAAGACAUCCUGUCCUCAGCCUGCUACACUGUGAGGAACCUGAUGGCAUCCCAGCCGCAGAUGGCCAAGCAGUACUUCACCAGCAGCAUGGUCAACAACGUCAUCAACUUGUGCCGUAGCAGUGCCUCACCCAAGGCUGCAGAAGCUGCCCGCCUCCUCCUGUCUGACAUGUGGUCCAGCAAGGAACUUCAGGGAGUCCUCAGACAGCAAGGCUUGGAUAGGAACAUGCUGGGAAGCUUAGCCGGACCCAACAGCCUCAGGAACUUCACCUCCCGAUUCUAAGAAGGGGCUGCCCCAGCAAGUACAGAUCGCAGAAAUGAUACAACCCAGUGGAGACGACCUCAGGCCUUGCUGGAAGGGUGAUUCUUCGCACCCUGUGCAGUUUUGGAAAAGUUCCACUGCAAUUGAAAGCAAACCUCAAAACUGUGGCUGAUGGAAAUAUUUUUAGAUUUUUUUUUUUCCUUGGGGGAACUGGCAGGCAAGGGGGGUUGGGAAGGGUGGGCGGGGGGACUUUCCUUGACUUAAAGGGGCUUAUGUUUCAUGUCAAUACUUCUUUCGCUGAGAAAUGGUAUGUAUAUAUAUAUGUAUAAUGUAAGUGUGUGUGUGUGCACGCGCGCAUGCUUGUGCGUGAGUGCCUAAAAGCACGACCACAAACUUCAAGGAGCUAAGUAAGCCACUUCUGCCGCUGAUGAGGUGGUCAAAAGGACUCUCACUCUCCCACAUUUCUUCCACGACUUGUGCUCUUGGUUGAGCUGUCCGUAGUUCCCAAAAUGUGUCAUGCCAGGGCAAGAGGCUCGUACCAGGGUCGGGUCCACGAGAAGCCUCGAGGGAACCAUCCCUGGGGCAAGGGGAGGUGGGAGGGGGGCGUAACUGGGGCCGGGGUCCUGCCGGGAGGGUGGUUGGCAGGGUUGUUCAAGUUCAGCUCAUAGGAAACUUUAGUUGUCUGAUCACGCCUCCCUUCCCGUAGGGCCACAGGACCUGGGGCUGGAUGGGGUUGGGGCUCCAGGGGACGGGCAAGGACAGUCACGCUUGCUUUGCUAUCUGAAGUCUGCUCUGGGGGCGUAGGAGCCAGAGGGAUGGGACUGGCCACGGUCUUGGGCUGCACACCUGUCAGAGGGGGCUCAGCCUACAAAGCCCCAGCCUUCGGGGGCUUGUCAUCUGUUUGUUUCGGGAGAAAGAAGGCAAAAUGGUGCUCAAAGCCAAAGAGCUAUUUGGAGAAUGGCUGUUAGGUCUUCAUAUCCCUGGUGGGGAGGGGGAUAGGCUGUGUUGGACAGGCAGCCGUGCCAGGCUCCUGUGGGACAGCUGGCGGCUUGGAAGUUAACCAGGAGCUGACUUCCCUGCUGAGACCCAAGAGAGGGAGUGUUCUGGGUCUCAGGACACUUGGAAGGUGGAAAUUUGGAUAGACCAGGAAAGGAAGCUGUCACUUCAGGGCACCAACAAGCCCCAGCCCAAGGCUGAUCCUACCUUCCCCUGAACCCCAGCCUUCCCAUCUCCACUGUCUUGGGGAAAAGCACAGAGGAUGUGAUAGAAGAAGCUUGUCAGGGGCACCUGCCACCCCAACGCCCCAGACUCUUGUGCAUUUCAGAGAAGUAGUAAUAGAAGGACCUCCCAACUCCCUAAGGGAAAGCUCGCUGUCAGCAGCCCUCGGUGUACGCUAUAGGGUAGAGCAGAACAUGGGUUCCCAAGGCUUCCUGACGUCUGCCUCCAUCUCCCGUACUAACACUGUUGGUGUCAGCUAGGAAUUAGCUGCCUGGUCCACAGCCUUCUCUAGAAGAAUAAAAGGUGCUUCUCACUCUUCUUUCCUCCUCAUCAGCCUCCCAGGCCCCCUGCUCCCCACCAGGCUCUACCCCCCAUCCAACCCCGCUUCUUACCCCAGCAGUCAAAACUGAAAAGUACCCUUCUGGACGAAGGAUGUGCCUGCUAAGGCAUGUAACAGACUGCGGCCAGACCUGUGAUAACGGGCCGUUUAAUCAGUGUCCCCUGCUGCUGUGGGUCCACGAUGCCCUCCCCCCUUUUUGCUCAUGAUGGAAGGCCUCCUCCUGACUCCAUCUCUCUCAGGGGCCACAUGGGAGUGUGGUCCCACCAGGCCGUCCUGGGCGUAGGUUCUAGGAUGACUCCUCUGGUGACCAGGGCUCAGAGGAAGUCAUUUCUUUAAAAAAACAAAAUACAUACAGAGCACCAAGAUAUGCCAGGCAGUGUUGUAAGCCCUCAGCAUACAUCCAUGAACAAACAGACCACAGCCCCGUUUUCGUGCAGCUUACAUUCUCAGAGAGGAAGGAGGACACAUGGGGUACUUGACUGUGGGGAUCCCCCUCCCAGUGUGAGUGGAUUGUCCAGUCAGGGCGUGAGGGAAAGAGCCCACGACCAGUGAGUCUGUGGUGAGUGGCCCCCAGGGAAGUGCCCCUUCCCUUAGCGCUGCCCUCACUUCCUGCCACUCCGAUCCUCGGCUGGAGUGGAGUGGGCCAGCUGGGCCCAGCCCUCUGCCUUGGGGAGCAGCGGGCUAAGAUGAACAGUUAGGCCAGACCUGAUUUUGUAUUCUCUCUCGUGCUUUCUCUGGCUGGCCAGCUGGACCCGACACCUGGGCCUCUGACCCGUGGCUGUCCCUUUGGAAGAGACAGCACUGAGAGAGUCCUGAGGCUGCAUUUCCUAAAGUCAGGGAGGAGGGGUUUGCCCAGGGAUGGCUUGGUAUCUUCCGCCCACACUGGCCUCACCCUAGCAGGGCUGACACCCCAAGCAAGGCAUUCUAAUUUGGGGCCAAUGAGGAAGGGCAUAGACCACUCCGUCUCUGCCUGUCCUGGCCCUGACCCCAGGAUCUCCUGUGCUUCAGAUAGAUCUGGUCAUUGACCGCCAGCAGCCUCUCCAGGGGGGCGGCCAGACCAGCGUCGCAGACCCCAUGCUUUCCCUCAUGAUGCAGUGAAAGGUUUUCUCCAGAUAUGGAGACAGUGAUAGUCUCUCUUGUCCACCCCCAGAGCCUGGCUGAAAGGUGGGAUGGCCAGGAGGAGGAAGGCUGGGAGGAUGGCAUGGGCAGGGGGAGAUGGGCAGAGGGAAGCCCGAGGGGUGAUGCUGGAGGUAUCCUGGAACCCAUCUAGAGCCCAGCCUUCCCUUUGCCCCAUGUUUGUAUAAGGACCUCACGCUGGCCAGGCCCAGUUUCCCUGUGUGAUGCACUAUGUAUUUGCUUUUGUGGAAAUAUAGGAAAUCAAUAAAUUGCUGGCAUUUCUUUGAACUUC